AUGUUCGGCGACGCUAAAGUAUCGACCAAUCUCUAUCAUAAUGUCAUGCUCUGUUGGGUAGUCAGUGACGCAGAGCGUGAAGGAGAAGAACGACUUGCAUCAAUGACAUUCUAUGGUGGUCCAGAAGGAAGUAGUGUUUACGUGGCUGGCAGAGAUGAUAGUGUUGAUGAAAUUAUGCAUGAGUGGGAACAUAAGUUCUGCACUUAUUCCGAAACAUCGAUUUUCAUCACAACGUUUAACGUGAAUGGUAAAAUGGCACCACACUAUGUGCCAAAAUGGCUUUAUCACGAUGGAGGACCACCAGAUUUUUAUGUUGUUGGAUUGCAAGAAAUGGAUCUGAGCACUCAAGCGUUCUUCUAUGAUGUUUCGUCACGUCAAGAUGAUUGGUUAAACGCAAUCACUCGUUCACUCCCUUCUCACCAAUAUCGUCUGGUUGAAUGCGUUCGUCUCGUUGGAAUAAUGUUGGUGAUAUUCCAGCGUGAAGGUAGUCGUGUGAAAGUUCGUCAGUCAUCCGUGCAUAGUGCGCGUAUAGCAACUGGUAUACAACUGAUAAGUCGUAUGGGAAACAAGGGCGGUGUUGCUAUAAGUAUGCAAAUAAACGAUUCACGAAUAUGUUUCAUUAAUGCACAUAUGGCUGCUGGAAAUGAAGAGUUGGAUAAGCGCAAUCAGGAUUACAGUAGUAUAAGGAAACAAGGCCGCGAUGCAGAAAUGAGUCGUUUUCAGUUGAAGCAACAGCAGCGAAAUAAUCAAAUUUUUGUUGGAUUCUGUGAGCCAGAUGUUUUGAAUUUCCGUCCAUCUUAUAAAUACGAUCCAGGUACUUCAGAUUGGGAUAGUAGGUGUCCUGCGUGGUGUGAUCGUAUUCUAUGGUGGUGUGAAUCAAGCGAUCAAGUCGUGCAAACACUCUAUGAUAGUGUUGAUGAAGUGACCAUUUCGGAUCACAAACCUGUCAGAGCUGUCUUUCAAUUGACCGUUCGCGAGGUUGAUUCGUAUAAAGUGAAACUGAUUCAUGAAGAGGCCAUUCGUGAAGCAGAUAAACGCGCUAAUGAAGCAUUACCACAGAUAUGGCUCUCAGAUAGUGAAAUAGAUUUUGGUGAUGUGUACUUCUUCGAGAGCAGUGUGCGUACGAUAACGAUCAAAAAUACGGGUAAAACAAAGGUGUCUUUCUCAUUCGUAAAGUUACCGAAUCGCGAAUCAAUCAGCGAUUCGUGGUUAUCCGUUACACCACCGAAUGCACAUUUGAAAGUGGGAGCAGUAUGCCUACUUAGUUUACAGGUACUUGUGGAUAAAAAGACAGCUUGGUCGGUAGCGAAGAAUGGCGUAUUAUCAGAUAUAUUAGUAUUACGACUAGAUCACGGUCGUGAUUAUUUCUUACCGAUCAGUGCUCGUUAUCAACAUUCUGUUUUUGGUUCUUCUUUUAUUGAACUUAUUCACAAAGAACAUAACACCACUGAUAAUGCGAGCAAUCUACUGGAUUUAGGGCUUGAUGAAUCGUUGCUAAAAACAGUCUCCAGAGUGUUCGUGCCUGUACCCAUAGCAAUGUAUCGUCUAAUCGAGACUUUACGAAAUUAUGGUGUCGAGAAGAUUCGCUUCGAUGAUGUUUCUAGUCAUUCGGAGUUUAUCGCUCUUCGGAAUGCGCUUGAUCGACAUCAUAACAUCGAGAACUUAUUUGAUAUAUGCAAAUCACCAUUCAAUAUGUUCAAUGCAUUCCUGCGACUAAUGGACUCAUUUAAAGAAGAAGUGAUCCCACGUGAACUGCAAACUGAAUGCUUGAAUUCGGCCGGUGAUGCGACUCGUUGUUGGUCAUGUGUGCAAAAAUUCAGACGUGAAAAUCGUGAAGUUUUCGAAUAUUAUGUGCAAUUCACACGCGAAUUAACUGAAAAGAAUACAGAUGCUAGAUCACAGUUACAAGUAAUGGCUGAUAUUGUUUUCAAACCGAGUGGUGUUGAGAACAACAAACUAGAGCAAUCGUUGCGGUUACGGUUCUUCGAGACGGUCGUUGCAUUUACGAAAGACGUUUGUAUGGAAGGAUUUGAUGAAUUAAUUAAACUCUGA